AUGGCAAAAUCCACUCGACGCCCUUCAGUUAUCACGAAACGCACCCAUAUCCGCCAACAAAAGCAUGAGGCUACCUUUCCCUCUGACAUCUCUGCCCCUCAUGGAAUCCUCGACAGCGUCAUCGUCUCCAUAGGCUAUGCAGGCCUCGCCGCCUACUGCUAUCUCAACCCGCAAAAGUUUUCUGCUCGUGAAAUAGCGGCCGUCUCAGUGUCCACCCUCGCCGUAUCCUAUGGCCUCUACGACUUCGGGAAGCGCAACGGCAUGAUUCGAGGUGCAUCGUAUGCUCUUCGCACAGACAACGGCGAGUCCGAGACUGGGCCGAAAGGAAUAGACUACAUGGAAGAUUACUUGCGCAAGGAGUUCAGGGGACAGGAAUUCGAGGAUUUGAAGACACCCGAGGAGAAGAUUGAGUGGUUGAGGAAGGAGGAGAAGAGGAUUAGGGCUGGCAUGACGGACAUGCAGAUGAGCUGCGGACAAGCGUAUAUCGCGAAGGAGGAGGCGUAUGCUUCGUACGAGAAGCUGGGCGCGUAUGGGGGCCUGGAUUGGAAGAAAUACAACGAUGCGGAUAGGGAGUGUCAAGAGCUUUACAACGGGUAUGAGAAGGCGCAGAACAGGCUGAGGAGAAUUCGGGAAGAGAUCAAGGAGCAUGAAAAUGAGAUAAUAUUUCGCCCAAUCACUUUCCCUUUUGGUGUCAUGGUCCAAUUCGAACUUUUUGUCUUCGUUACCACUACCACAGCCAUCACGAUUCAUGGCAUGCUGCUUCACGUCAUCGAGUCUACAAUGGAUUGCAAAGCAACCAAGCAAUGGAUCGAAUUUUGA